AUUCCUAGCCAGUUAGCUCAGCUUUUGACAUCUAGUUCUAUAGUCUAUCUGUCUAUGAAAAGUAAAACCGACUUACUUAUCAUGGCAAAGGUUCAUCCCCAAGCAAUAAUUCCCUCUACCUCCUGCUACCUCACUUCAAAUCAAGAAACUUUUACAAUAUGGAUGAAAUCUCUAGUACUCAGUGGCAAAGGUUGCACUGUCUUUGAUGCUAAUGGUCAAAUCGUGUAUCGUGUUGAUAACUACAACUGCAAGUGUAGUAAUGAAGUUUAUCUUAUGGAUAUCAAGGGCAAAGUCCUCUUUACCAUACUGAGAAAGAGAUUCAAGCUGUUCAGGUUUUGGGAGGGCUAUAGAUCCAGUGACAAAGAGACUGUUAUAAAAAAGCCUUGUUUUCAAGUUAGAAAAAGCUUGAGGAUUUCAAAAGGGGACUCACCAUGUGAGGUUAUUGUGGGGUUAGAUGAGAAUCAAUCACAUCAUUAUAAGAUUCAAACCUGGAAGAGCAAGUCAGUGUGCAAAAUAGUAGACCAAUCCGGUGGGCUUGUUGCAGAGUUAAAGAGAAAGAAAUCAACAUAUGGGGUGGAUUUAGGCAGCGAUGUUUUGACAAUGGUAGUGGAGCCUAAUAUUGAUCACUCUCUCAUAAUGGGUCUUUUUGUUGUGUAUUGUCUUAUUAACUGUAGAAUGUGAAACUGUGGAAGCAAUAGAACGAUCAUUUUGAAUGUAAAUAUAUAUAUAGCUAUACUACACGAGAAUGAUUGUUCUUGUUUCACAACCAUGUGAAAAAUAUCAAUGAACUGCGUUGUUGAGUGAUCAA